AUGAGAAGAUGGUUCCACGCUGCAGCAGUCUAUUUUGAGGUCAUUCGCAGCUUCGGUGAUCUUACUCCUGAGCUAGACACCCAACGCCAGCGGGUGCGAAAGUUGGCCCGUCUCUGUUCGCAUCUCCAUGAAAAUUGCGUCGCUGAACAUGAUGCCGUGAGCCGACGUGUCACCGAUGUUUAUGAUCUUCCCGCUGAUCGCGUUUUAGGAAGAGGUUCAUAUGGGACAGUUUGUCUUGCUAUUCAUCGUGCAACACGUGAGGAAUUUGCCUGUAAAGUACUCAGCAUCAAUCGUGUCGGGCCGCAAUACGUUGACAAACUGCAUGCUGAAAUUUCGUCCAUGCGCCAAUUGGACCACCCCAACGUCUUGCGUCUGCGCGAAGUUUUCUUCGGGCGUCGUAAGAUAUAUCUCAUCAUGGACUUGUGCACUGGCGGGGAGCUAUUCGAGCUAGUGAACACAUCUAUCGAGCAUCGUUCAGAAAAGUGUGCCACUUGUUUCAUGGCCGAAAUGCUCUCUGCUGUACAGUAUCUUCACGAUAACGGUGUUGUGCAUCGGGAUCUCAAGCUUGAAAAUUGGCUUUUUGAGCAUCGAGCCGGGUCUCACCUCAAACUGAUAGAUUUCGGUCUUGCCCGACAUUUCCUCGGGCAUGAACGAAUUCAUGGUGCUGUAGGAAGCAUGUACUAUGUUGCUCCUGAGGUCCUCCGAGGUUCAUACGAUGCGCGCUGUGAUCUAUGGUCACUGGGAGUUAUUGCUUAUAUGCUCGUCUCAGGAGCGCCGCCUUUUUGGGGCAAGGAUGACCGCGAUAUUCGUCGGAAUAUCUUGGCCGGGCGUUGGGAAUUCCCGCCGCAGUUCUUUGCUGGGGUUUCACCUGUGUCAAAAGAUUUCAUUGCAAGACUAUUAACACAUGACCCCGACAUGCGGAUGAGCGCAUCAGAUGCUCUUGUGCACCCAUGGUUGACUACAAACCUGAGUUCAAAGGACCUUCGCAUGUUACCACGUUGGCAGUGUGACGAACUUCUUGGAACUUUACGAGGGUUCGCAGGAACCACUCCUCUGCAGAAAGUUGUACUAGCAGUAGCCGCUUUUCAUCUCACGCCGCCCCAGGUAGCAAAUAUGAGAGAGUUGUUUGCGUUCAUAGAUGUUGAUCGCUCUGGAACCAUCUCAUUUUCUGAACUAGCUCAGGCCAAUAAUCUAAGAACGGAAACAGACGAAUGCCAAUUAAAGGAACUCUUCAAUGCGGUUGACAUCUCCCGAUCAUCUCAGAUUAAUUUCACAGAAUUUCUUGCAGCAACUUUGUGGCAACGAAUUCAGCUCGAUGAAAAACACGUCCGGCAUGUUUUUGACACACUGGAUAUGAAUGGAAACGAACGUUUGAAUGCGGCAUCCAUUAAAUCUCUGGUGGGUAUUGAUUACGAUGAUGAAGAGGUAGAUCAAUUAAUAGCAGAGGCUGAUUCAAAUGGAGAUGGGUAUCUAGACUAUGAUGAUUUUUUACGCGCUUGGCGGUCCACAGCCCUUCAGACACAUCAUUCAUUAUCACAGAAUCAUCACAUGGGUUUAAACGGUGUCGCGACUGUGGUGCAUGCAAUCGCCCACUGGAGGGUGCCACCGCGGCAUGUAGAACUCAAGAACGAGAGGCCCCUGGCGUUCGAUGAGCAAGUUGGCGCGUUUGAUGAUCAAUCUGACGGAGGCAGAGGAGUGCACAAUAAUAGCAACGGGUAAGAGGCACACGGCGGCCCAAGGUAAAAAGGCUCCAACUUGAAGCAGGGCAAAGGCGAUCAGGCCCGUGAGCGAAAUAUUAUGCUUUCUAGGUCCUGGCAACGUAUUGUCCAGCUGGCCAGUGGCCAAUAAAUGCCCCGCGUACCAGAGGCUCGAUAUCCAGCCCGGCAUCUCGUGUAGCUUCGAUGCCAGGAAGCUACAUAGCUCCAAUGGAAAGGGGCGAGAAGCGUUCGAUAGCAUUCGGUGGUCUUCCGUCCGGGGGGCGGGCGCUCGGGGCAGACCAGUUCAAAUUGAGCCAGUACCACUCGUGGGGUGACUCCUAGAUCAGCCCGAGAUCAGCCCAGCCAACCCACACUGGUCAAGUAGCAGGAGCGGUCCCCGGACUACAGAGAAUCCAGCACAGUUUGAUGGGAGGUAGGUAGCUGGGUAGUACGGCCCCGAGGUGCCCUAAAUGAAGACUUCGAAGU